AACGAUACUCGAUACUUCGAUACUAUUACUGGCGGGAAGCAACAAAAAAUUUCUGCGCUAAUUUGCAUUUGUUUUAAAAUUGCAUCAAAAUGCAACAGUCGUCCAUAACUUCCUAUUUUAAGCAAAAAUCCGAUGUGCCGGAGAGCCCUAGCAAAACCAAAACAGUUGCCAAAAUUAAGUCGAAGAUUGAUUUGCCUGAAAACGAACCAAAAAUCAAGUGUGAAGAUGAGACUGCUGACGUUAAGACGGAACCAAAACGUGUUGAUCCAAAUCCAACCACAAUUGAAGCUAUGGACAUUAAGGAAGAGCCGACUGACGGCAAAGUUGAUCGGAAAGUAACCACAAUUGGAUUGAACACCACAUCUAAAGAUAGCAAAGACGAAGUGGAAAACUACGACCCGUCGAAUGAAGCCUAUCAUCCCCUGAAGGACGCAUACUGGGCGGCCAAAGCGGUGACACCGUAUUUGGCGUUAGCUAGAACGUUUCAAGUCAUAGAAGAGACCAAAGGCCGCCUCAAGAUGAUUGAUACGUUAAGCAACUUUUUCUGCUCGGUUAUGCUGGUAAGCCCAAAUGACCUGGUGCCCAGUGUUUACCUCAGUAUUAAUCAGCUGGCCCCCGCCUACGAGGGGUUGGAACUUGGUGUGGCAGAGACAACGCUAAUGAAGGCAAUCUGCAAAGCUACGGGCCGCAACUUGGCACACAUAAAAUCUCAAACCCACUUAACCGGCGACCUGGGCAUUGUCGCCGAGCAAUCGCGUGUUUCUCAACGCAUGAUGUUUCAGCCUGCACCACUGAACAUUCGAGGAGUAUUCAGCAAGUUGAGAGAAAUAGCCAAGAUAUCUGGUCAGUCCAAGAUGACUCUUGUCUAUGAUGUCUUUGUGGCCUGUCGAUCAUCUGAAGCUCGCUUCUUCAUACGCUCCCUGAUCGGCAAGUUACGCAUUGGCAUCGCAGAGCAAAGUCUUCUCACCGCUCUUGCCAUUGCUUUGGUUAAGAAAAAUCACAUUGACGACUGCAAGGCCAACAAAAUAGUCGACGUUUACAAAGAUGAAAUAACGGAGACUACCUUGUUGCUGAAAACCGCCUAUAGCCAAUGCCCCAACUACGAUAUUAUCAUUCCUGCCAUAUUGAAGCAUGACAUCAAGGAGCUCCAAGAACGCUGCCCCAUGCAUCCAGGCAUGCCGCUUAGGCCAAUGCUCGCCCAACCAACAAAAGGAGUCCAUGAGGUGUUUGAGCGUUUCGGGAGCAUGCACAUAACGUGUGAGUGGAAAUAUGACGGGGAACGAGCCCAGAUUCACUGCAACGAGCAGGGAGAGAUAAGCAUUUUUUCGCGCAAUUCGGAGAACAAUACGGCAAAGUAUCCGGAUUUGAUUGCUAGGAGCAAGGGUUUACUCAAAGGCGCAGUGCAGUCUUAUAUCAUUGAUAGCGAAAUCGUUGCGUGGGACGUUGAGCGAAAGCAGAUUUUGCCAUUCCAAGUACUGAGUACGCGUAAAAGAAAAAACGUGGACAUUGAAGAGAUCAAAGUUCAGGUCUGCGUUUACAUAUUCGAUCUUCUAUAUAUCAAUGGUAAGACGCUUGUUACAAGCCCAUUGUCAGAGCGGCGCAAGCUGCUGCUGGAGCACUUCCAGGAGGUCGAAGGUGAAUGGAAAUUCGCCACAGCUCUGGACACUAACGAUAUGGAUGAAGUGCAGCAAUUUUUAGAGGAAUCGGUCAAAGGUAAUUGUGAGGGACUCAUGGUAAAGACACUAGAUGAGGAAGCUACGUAUGAAAUCGCCAAAAGAUCAAGGAAUUGGCUCAAGUUGAAAAAGGAUUAUUUGUCAAAUGUUGGGGACUCCCUGGAUCUUGUGGUAAUUGGCGGCUAUAAAGGAAAGGGACGUCGAACCGGCACCUAUGGCGGAUUCCUGCUUGCCUGCUAUGAUACCGAAAACGAGGAAUACCAGAGCAUCUGUAAAAUUGGAACAGGCUUUACUGAUGAAGAUUUGCGGAUACAUUCUGAAUUUCUGGGCAAACAUGUCAUACCCAGUGCCAAGUCGUACUUUAGAUAUGACUCAAGCUUGGAGCCGGACCACUGGUUUGAACCGGCUCAGGUGUGGGAAGUAAAGUGCGCAGACCUCUCUCUUAGCCCCAUCCAUAGAGCAGCAAUAGGAAUCGUAGACACCGAGCGAGGUAUUUCGCUUCGGUUUCCCAGAUUCAUUCGAAUUCGGGAUGAUAAGAGCAGCGAAAACGCAACAGAUGCCAAUCAGGUGGCCCACAUGUACCAGUCGCAGGAUCAGGUUAAGAAUAAUCAGAAAACGUGUACACAGAUGGAUAUGGAGAGCGAGUUCUACUGACGGAACUGCGCCAUCCCAAGAGUGAACGUUCAUUUAUUUAAAAAUAAAAAUAUUUUCCUUA